AAGUGAAUCCCAUUGCUGGGAAUCAGGGGGGAAGUCCUAUACACUGUUUUUCCCACUGGUGUAUGUAGUCGGCAGCUUUCUGCCCUAGUAUCAGAGCUCUCAGAUAAGUUACUGCUUCAGGAUGGCAAUCCCAGGGAGGGUACACCCCUUUGUCAUUCCAGAAAAUGAAGAAAUCCCACAGACUGUAAUUAAUGAUGUCCACGAUGCUGAUGAGAAUGAAGGCGAGAAGGCUGUGUCCAAACUGCAGCGUAGGCAAAGUGACAUAAAAGUCUACAAGGAAUUCUGUGACUUUUAUGCAAGAUUUAAUAUGGCGAAUGCCCUGGCUAAUGCCCUGUGUGAACGCUGCAAAGGAGGCUUUGCCCCUGCCGAGAAGAUUGUGAACAGCAAUGGCGAACUGUACCAUGAGCAGUGUUUCGUCUGUGCACAGUGCUUCCAGCAGUUCCCUGAAGGCCUCUUCUAUGAGUUUGAAGGAAGGAAGUACUGUGAACAUGAUUUUCAGAUGCUUUUUGCCCCAUGCUGUCACCAGUGUGGUGAAUUUAUCAUUGGUCGAGUUAUUAAAGCCAUGAACAACAGCUGGCACCCCGGAUGCUUCUGCUGUGAUCUCUGCCAGCAAGUCCUAGCAGACAUCGGGUUUGUCAAGAAUGCUGGGAGGCAUCUUUGUCGUCCUUGUCAUAAUCGUGAGAAAGCCAGGGGCCUUGGGAAGUAUAUUUGCCAAAAGUGCCACGCCAUCAUUGAUGAGCAGCCUCUCAUAUUCAAGAAUGACCCUUACCAUCCGGAUCAUUUCAACUGUGCCAACUGCGGGAAAGAAUUGACUGCUGAUGCUCGUGAAUUGAAAGGAGAACUAUAUUGCUUGCCGUGUCAUGACAAAAUGGGGGUCCCCAUUUGUGGAGCCUGCAGACGGCCUAUUGAAGGACGUGUUGUAAAUGCUAUGGGCAAGCAGUGGCAUGUGGAGCAUUUUGUCUGUGCCAAGUGUGAGAAGCCAUUUCUUGGGCAUCGUCAUUAUGAAAGGAAGGGCCUGGCAUAUUGUGAAACUCACUACAAUCAGCUAUUUGGCGAUGUUUGUUUCCACUGUAAUCGUGUCAUCGAGGGGGAUGUUGUUUCAGCCCUGAAUAAGGCCUGGUGUGUGAGCUGUUUUGCCUGCUCUACUUGCAACACUAAGUUAACUCUCAAGGAUAAGUUUAUUGAAAUUGAUCUAAAACCAGUCUGCAAACACUGUUACGAGAAAAUGCCGGAAGAAUUUAAGCGGCGACUUGCCAAACGGGAGAAGGAAGCGAAGGAUAAAGACAAGCAGAAAAAGAAAAAGCCAGUCUGUUUGUAAACUUUUCUAUCCCUUCUUUCAGCAUUUCCAGUACUUUCUCCUUUGGAAUAAAUUUGUGGAGUUUGACAUGAAGCCUGUCUGUAAGAAAUGCUACGAGAAGUUUCCCUUAGAACUGAAGAAAAGACUUAAGAAAUUGGCUGAAACCUUGGGGAGAAAAUAACUAUAUUUUGUUUGUUUUUUAAAUUUCUUCCUUCAUAUGCAAAGAUUAGGAAAUGUUACACAUGUUACUUGAUUUCAUUCACCCUCCUACAAGUUUUAUCCCAUAAGAGUGAGGAUUUAAAAGCUUCUGUACACAAAUAGCUUCACAAUGGUGUUAUACUGCUCUUCUUUCUCCUUGAAGAACUAUAACUUUUGUAUGGCCUUAUUUAGAACAUAGCUGAAAUUCUCUAUUUGCCCUCUCACAAAUUCAUUUGUAGAUAUAUAAACUAUACUUGCAUAGCGAGUUUCAUAUGAUUAAAUUAAUUCAGGCAAAAAAAAAAACCUAACUUAUUUUUAUGAAAGUCUUAGCUUUUGGAUGAUUCAGCUACCAAAUUGUAGAAUAAUUUUGAAUCAGAGCCAAAAGAAAAUUACUGCCAUUUGAGCAAAAAUUAACAAGCAAAUCUUAAACAUUUUUUGUGCAUCAGAUUAAAGAUCUUAACUUUCAGGUUACUAAGACAGGAAACAAGUUUAUUCACAACUACUUGAAUUUUGCUAUUUUUCUGUUAAAUGCAAUAAUUAUCCUGCAUGGUUUUGUAUUUUACUUUUAUUCUUUAUGAAUCUUAGUCCUUCAUUCAGAUACAUAACAUAGUAGUUAGGAUAUCUAGCAAAUACGUAUGCAUUUUUAAAAAUUUCUUUUUUUUGUGCAGAGAAUUUAUACCAGGUAUUUGAAAAUACAUUAUUCUUUAGCUAUAUUGGACAUAUGAAGUAUUUUUUUUAAUGUCUUAAAGCAAGCAUUCUUAUUAUGCUUCUAGGCUUAAUGUUAAAGCUAUAGUCUUAGAAUAGGACAUAAAACUCAACUUUAUGUAAUCUUGGAAUGUUGACACUUUUAAAAACAGUGAAUGUAUGUAUCUGUAUCGGUCAGACUUCUUUUAAUAUUCUCUCUAAUAGCUAUGCUUUAUAAACAAUCAAACCCACUUUGCCUUAGAAAAUUGCAUCUUUUAAUCACAAGUUCUUGCUGCUUGGUAUAAUACCAAAUAAAAAAACAAGUGAAUUUAAUUAGACUAGGAAACCCAAAUUCCUUUACCAUAGCCUUAAAUAUGUGUGUUUUUUUUAAUAUGUUGCCAGCUAAAGCUCAUGGAAUUUACUAUUUGUUGUCUUUCAGAAAGUGAGAGAUGUAUAUAUUAUGCUUCAGAAUUUCUAUUUCAGUUUCAUUAUCCAGUUAGAGUCUUUUUUUUUUUUUUUUUUACAGAAAUGAGGUAGAAGUGACCUUAGAUUGGUCAGAGGCAUUUUUGAAAAGGGCAAUUUUAGCUCCAGAAUAAAAGAUACCCAGUGGUUUCUCAACCUCAUUUUCCAUAUGGAUUUGCUACAUAAUAGAAAUGCAAUUCUAGAAACAUUUUUUUAAAUACUGCCAUUCCUGUCAUCAGAUGAAGUGCUCAAAAUGAAUUCUAGGGGGAAAAAACAGUUUGCCAAAAUGUUGUUGAAAUUUUUUUUAUGAUUUUUCCAUCUCUUGAAUGACUUGGCUGCCCUUGAAUACUUUGAAUUAAUAGUUGUUUCCCAGAUAACUUUCAUUGAGCUAAAUUUUGGUGAUGAUUUCAAACUUGCUGUAGCAAAUUACAUGGGUUUUUGUUUUCAGUGUUUUAACAUUAUGGUAGCCCAAAGAAGUCAGCCUCAUGUAAAGUGUAGACUCAGUAUGUAGUUUAAAGUUAAAUGUAUUCCUUCAACCAGUAUGCAUUGGGUUCCUGUUAUUUGCAAGUUAUAGGGUCUACAGAUGCAAAAAAAAAAUAAUUUUUGCCAUCAAACCUUAGAUUAGUGUUCCUCAAAACUGUGCCUUUCUCAUCUGAGACAUGACCAGCAACAUAAGACCUAGGAAAUACUUUUUCACUACCCAUCACAAAGUUGGACAGAAUUUUCAGAACUAGUCUGGUUGUUAAGAAGAGCAACACAAAUCUUCAGAAGUCUUUGGCAGAGGAGAGACAGAAAAAAAUAAAAACAAAGCACCAUAGAUUUUAUGGACCUAAUCUGGACAUACCUAACACGUAAGUAGGCAAAAUAAGUUUUUGCCUACUAGUAUAUCCCGAUGUUAACAAUUCACUUCUUUGUGUUGAGCACUGAUGUUCCCGCCAGUCCUCGUUUAAAAUGCAGACUACUUGAGAGCGCUAAUAUCCCUUAACUCCGUGAUGUAUAUUUGCUCAUCACAUGCUAGGUCUUUCAUGGAGGAAAGUAUUAAAGCUGCUGGUAGUGUGAGAGCAAGAGACUGUCAGGGAGGGGAGAAAGUUCUUAGGGAAGGGAAUGCCAGAGACAAGCUGCCUGACAACUUUUGUACAUAGCACUUGUUCUAACCACAAGGAUUCUUGUCAGGUUAGUAAGGUGCUAGCUAAGGUUCACAAUUUGUAGGACACCACAGUCAUCUGUUCUGCAUCUUUGUCUUAACAUUUAAAGUCCUCCAUGUGAGAAAUUAAAUGUUAUGAAACAAACCAUGGCUCUUACAUAUGAGUAGGUGCAGUUUCUCUUAGAAAUAAGCCAAAUAUGUAGGGGGAACAUGUUAAGGAUAAAAGGAAAAUUGACUGUUAACACUAUAUUUGAAAUAAGACAUUGUGUUGCCUUACCUAUUUGCUAAAAUAGCUCUUUCCAAGUGGAAGAAAGUGUAAAACAGGCUAAUAAUAUACCUAAAUAUGUGACUUCUUUUAGAUUGUAAGCCUGAUGGCAGGGACACUAAAUUAAUAUUUUAAUGUCUUAUCUAGCAGUAUACCCUUGGUGCUUAAUAAAUGUUUAAAAUAAUUA